GUAAGUUGAUGGAACCCUAAUGUUACGACAUUCUCCAAAGGUGCCAAUAAGGGUGAGAGGUUGAAGCCAUGUCUAGGUUUAAGGAUUGGAAGAGAGUACCUUUACGAGAGAAUAGCUCGAGUGACACCGACGGAUCAUCCACCGGAACUGCGUCAAAGAGAAAGAACAAAAAACACCCUUUCAAUGAUGGCAAAUGCUACCAUGGCAUCGAGGCCGUGUUACUAAAGUCACGAACAGAGAAUAAUCUAAGAAGAUGGUUCUUUCGAUGUUCUUUGUAUAAGAAGGAAUCUAAGUUGAGAUGUGAGUAUUUUGUCUGGAUUGAUGAAGUAGAAGAUGAGUACAAAGACAAAGCCAUUCGAGAUACUAAUUUGUUACAACAUUCACUUUCAUGGGAAUACAAUACUAUUACGAGUGAGGAGAUUUAUCCCGAUGAUGCAUGUGUGAAAUUGUUGUUUAACCAGAACAAUAGGAUGAGGGCUGAAAUUAAUGACCUUAGAAAGUUGAUAAUUGGAUUGUAUAUGAAAAUGAGGAUAUUAUGUGUGAUGGUUGUGUACAAUUUGUUAAAAUAAUGAGUUGAAUUAUAUAUAACUUCUUUG